AUGGCGAAUAACAGCGAGACGGCAUCCGGCCCUCCAGCGGUACCAGCCAUGACCAGAGCACUUCUACGUCAGAUCUGCAAAGAAAGCGGACAGUAUGAGACUCCAGCUCUGAAUGACAAGUUGUAUUUCCACUUUCGAGGCUUCACUAAGAUCGAGAACCUCGACAACUACACCAAAGUGAGGGCUCUCUGGCUGGAAGGAAAUGGCAUUCGCAAUAUCGAAGGGCUGGACAAUCUGAAGGAGCUGCAGUGUCUGUUUUUGCAACAGAACUGCAUCAGGGAAAUUCAGAACCUGGAUAGCUGCACAAAACUAGUCACGCUGGAUCUUUCAUAUAACUGUAUCCGAAGAAUUCAAGGUUUGUCGUCCCUUCCGCAUCUGAAUAACAUCAAACUCGCCUACAACGCCUUUGAGACAAUUGAUGACAUUCGCGGCCUGGCCGAAUGCCGAGCGCUAACAAAUUUGGAUCUCUCGCACAAUUACAUAGACCUCGGAAACUCAAGUGAAAACAGUUCCGACCUCAUUUGGCCCUCUGCUCAUGGUGAAGCGAAUAUGGUGGAAUCACUUCCAGAGGGGGUUCCCUCCGGCAGCUCAGCGAGAGCUGUUUCAUUAGUUCCCGGAGGGUGUGACGCGGAAGCCCAUCAUGUCCAGAGUGAUUCUGACUGGCUUGUAAAUUUCAUCGAGCUUCUACGACAAGUGCCAGGGCUGACGUGCUUGUAUUUCCAUGGAAACCCUGUGAUCCGAAAACUUUCGUAUUACCGCAAACGCAUAGUUGCCGGCCUGCCUGGCCUGAGGUACUUGGACGACCGCCCCAUCAAACCCAUGGAACGACAAGCCAGUGAAGCCUGGGUGAAUGGAGGAAAGGACGCCGAGACAGCAGCCAUUAAGAGAUUCAAGGACGCAGAAAAAAUGCAGUUCACCUGUUAUCUGGAAGACUUCCGAAGAAUGCAAGUACGGAGAAGCGGCUUGGCUCUCGUUUCCACCGACAUUCUUCACCCCACAGCAGACGCGUUUCAGCAGAUCCCGUCAAAAAUAUGGGUAGCUCCACACUCAGAAGUUUAUUCCUAA